UCUCAACGCAUCUUAGAUUUUGCGGUCUGCUCUUACAAGCAAGAGAAGGACCAAGAAAAACAUUAAUUUGUUGGAAUUGAACCCUUUUAUUCUUCGGUAUACCACUUUCACGUGGAUAAAUACAGGAUAUUAACUAGAGGAGAAUAUACUUAACUUGGAACAGAAAAACAAUCUACUAAUGGAAUGAUUGAGAAGUCUCUUCGGUUUGUAUUCUUCUAUUAAGAAUUGAUGUUGGCUGUUUUAAACUUUACCAAAAAGACCGAGCACAAUGGACCAUUCAUCAACAUGGACGUAAAUGUGUCUCUAAACAGUGUGUUUGAGAACCAGUCAAAGGAUCUACCGGAAGAUAAUCAGCAGGACACGGUGUUCAUCAUUCGUCGUUAUGCACUUCCUUUGAUCUGUUUCUUAGGAAUUCUUGGAAAUUCGUUAUCAGCAAAAGCGUUUCUUGGACCUGGAUUGAAGCACGCUUCAUGUAGUUUGUAUCUAGCCGUCCGAUGCAUAUCUGAUAAUGGUUUUAUAUUGACAUUAUUUACUGCCUGGUUGGACUUUGUUCACGUUCGAGUAUUCCAUACGGAGGCGAUUUGUCAGAUCGUUGUGUUUCUUUCCUAUCUCUGUAGUUUUAUUUCUGUUUGGUGUGUUGUCUUUGUUACCAUUGAGAACUACGUCCGAAUUUGCCAUCACACUCAUGUUAAUCGGUUUUGUACCAUUAAAAUUGCCCGAUAUGCUUUGCUUACAUGUUUUCUUUUAGCCCUCCUUCUUUACAACUUUUCUCUUUGGGGGACACAAGUGCAACAGCAUGGCGAUCAGAAAUAUUGUCUUACAAAACGAAUAUUUAUGAAACUGGAGCAGGUUAUCACAUACAUCGACACUGCAUUAACCUUAGUCAUUCCAUUGCUCAUUAUUCUUGUUUUAAUGCUUCUUAUCAUAAUCAGCUCUGUUGAUGCUCAUAAGAGACAAAUUCGAUUGACCUCGACUUCAGCUCAAAACAACAAUGAGUCGAGACGACGAGUCCUUCCUCAUUCAAGAGUUACACGAUUGUUGUCAUCAGUGUCCAUCAUGUUUCUAAUUUUACACACACCUUUGCACGUGAUCAGAAUCAAGGUGUUAUUCGAACACGUACUUCGUAAAAAUGGAAAUGAAACAUCUGGAAGUGACAUGGACCGCACGCUUCAACACAUUUUCGUUACGAUGUACUAUCUGAAUUUUUCCGUCAAUUGUGUGAUCUAUCUGGUCUGUGGUGAAAAUUUUCGAAAAGUAUUUCUUGAAUCAUUUUGUUGGUUCUGUAAAUUUCGAAAUACAGAACUGGAAGUGGAGGCAGAAAGAUUUUCAAACGUAGGGAUGACUUCCUCACUUAUUUUGGAUAAAGACGAGGAAACAGCCAUUCAGUGAAAUUGUUGUAAUUGAUAAAAUGCUUCUGUGAUAUUACACCCUAUUUCUUUGAAUAUAUUUUCACAUACACAUGGUAAAAUGCAUGUAUUUAUUUCACGUACCUUGUUAAAAGUAUUUAUUGUUUAUCAAAAAUAUAUUAAUAAACAUAUUAACAAAUUUC